AGCAAAAGGAUUGGCAAAGGAAAAGGUUAGGUGGUCAAUCGGUUGGAGGUGGAAGGAAGGAAGAAGAAGAGGGAAGGAGAAGAAGGACAGAGAUAGGAUUGGAAUCACUAUUAAAACCCCUCUUCCAUCUCCCUCCCUUCUCUCACCCACCUACUCCUCCUCCUUUCAUUCUCCUCUUCUUUCCAUCCAUUCCCAGUGUCUGCUGCCGCUCAUCCUCCAGCCAUGGACUCCCACCACCAAUUCGCCGAGAAUUCCCAUGACAACGCCGCCCCCGACGAGCACACCCACCACCUCGCCGUCGCCGCCCCCCCUCCCCCCUUCGCCACCGCCUCCCUCUCCCUCUUCGCCGCCGUCCAGCCCGCCACCCAUUUCUUCCAGCAGCCCAAGAUCUCGUCUUUGUUCGCCGCCGCCGCCCAGCCCGCCAAGGCCCGUGUCCCCACCCAGGCCUCCUCCCUCGCCCACCUCUCCCUCUCCGCCUCCACCGCCUCCCCUCCCAAGAUCUCCUUCAGGUCCACCGUCUCCGCCAACCCCCUCCAGAGCCCCCUCACCCUCGGCCCCCACCGCCCCCUCGACCUCCGGUGCCGCCGGCCUCCGCCGCGCCUCCGUCGUCUGGUUCCGCAGCGACCUCCGCGUCCACGACAACGAGUGCCUCAACGCCGCCACAACGAGUCCAUGUCCGUCCUCAACGUCUACUGCUUCGACCCCCGGGACUACGGCAAGUCCACCUCCGGCUUCGACAAGACCGGCCCCUACCGCGCCUCCUUCCUCCUCGAGUCCGUCUCCGACCUCCGCCGCAGCCUGCGGGACCGCGGCUCCGACCUCGUGGUCCGGGUGGGCCGCCCCGAGGAGGUGCUCGCCGAGAUGGCCAAGGCCGUCGGGGCCGAGGCCGUCUACGCCCACCGCGAGGUGUCCCGUGACGAGGUGAAGUCGGAGGAGCGCAUCGAGGCCGCAAUGAAGGAGGAAGGGGUGGAGGUGAAGUACUUCUGGGGGAGCACCCUGUUCCACGUCGACGACCUGCCGUUCAAGGUGGAGGACAUGCCGACGAACUACGGCGGUUUCAAGGAGAGAGUGCAGGGGAUGGAGGUGAGGAAGACGAUGGCCGCGUUGGACCAGCUGAAGGGAUUGCCCAAGAGGGGCGACGUGGAGCCCGGAGAGAUGCCUUCCUUGACGGACUUGGGUGUGAAUCCUAGUGCCUCCAUGGCUCAGGAUGGUAAGGCGCCUUCUAUGGUAGGGGGUGAGACCGAAGCUCUUCAAAGGCUCAAAAAAUUCGCCGCCGAGUGCCAAGCACAGCCAAACAAGGGGACCAGCAAUGAUAACAUCUAUGGAGCCAACUUCUCUUGCAAGAUCUCGCCGUGGCUGACCAACGGAUGUAUCUCUCCACGUGCCAUGUUUGAGGAGCUAAAGAAAACCGCCUCUAACGUAAUCUCAGCUGCCUCCAAGAACGACGACGGUGGCUCAUCUAGCACUGGAUCUAACUGGUUGAUGUAUGAGUUGUUGUGGAGGGAUUUCUUCAGAUUCAUCACCAAGAAGUACAGUUCGCCAGUGAAACAGGGGGCUCCGGCUUGCACAGGUGCUCUCGUUUGAUCUGAGAAGGGUCGUGGAGGUUGAGAUGGCGAUCUGCUUUGGGGAUUAAAAAGUUUUAUGCUAUCGCUAUUGCGAGCUGUAGCUCUUAGAUGUUUUUGAGUAGCCUUCUACAAGAUAGCUGGUGGUUGUUGUUGUUGUGAUCUUGCCACAAAUAAACUGGUGGAAACAUGAAAUCAUUUCCCUUUAAUAGAUGGCCGGCGCGAGCCCGAAAAUUUCCUAUA